GAGCCGCAUGUUCUCCUCUCACGGGCGAGCUCGGAGUCCUCAAAAUGCGAUCUUGCUGGCAAAGCUUCCAGCUUGAUGUAGGAUUCUCGGUUUCCUGAUUCCAAAAUGCCAUCUCGAUGGUAAAGUUGUAAUCUCGCUCAGUUUCACCGGGCGAUGCUUGCGGAGAGAUGAAACCAUUGGGAUGUUUGGGGAUUGGCCUGAGCAUCGUCUCGGGUUGCCUUUUGUUGGCCCUUGUUGCGGAGUUGUACUAUUUCUUCUGGUGGAAGAAGAGAAGAAGUAACGUAGACAUCGAGCGGAGCUUCUCCAUCCCUGGGAAGGAGCUCCCCUACCUCUUCUGCUGGAAGAAGCCUAGUUUUCUAAUCCCCGCAGCUCUCAAUUCUGACGGAAUCUGCACUGGAGCAGACCAUUCCGACGACGGCCAUGGCCAGCCGAAGCCAUUAGAAGACGACGCAGAGCUGAUGUGCCUUGCAGGUUACCAGAGGUCUCUCUUCACCAUCGAAGAGGAGACGCAGGAUGACUUGGAGUCUUGUGGGAGCAAGAAAGGUCCCAUCAGGAAGAGCUUGAGGGACUUGCUCCAGUCUAAUGAAACUCCCACCGCGACUCCUCUUUCCUCCCCUGCUCUGACUCCAAUGGCUUGUCAAAAGAAAACCAUGCUCCACUCGCAGCCUGAGGCUUCUUCAUCUCCACCGCCAACCUUCAAGUUCCUCAGGGACGCGGAGGAGAAGCUGUACAGGAAAACUCUGGUGGAAGAAGCACUGAAGGUCCAAAUAAGCUGCAGGCAGAUGGAGAACAGAGACAGAGGGCAACAGAGUUCACAGGUGAAGAUGAACAUAAAUUAAGCUGUUUUUCCUUUGCAUGUCUCUUGCAGUUCGAUUGUUCGGGUCUUCUCCGCUUCAGGUGGCGAAUCUGGUACGUGCAAUUGCUGAAAAAACACAAUUCUUUUUCGUUUUCUGUAAUGCUUUUCGAUCAGAUAGAUCUGGUCUAACAUUGUACAAAGCACUGGAAAAGAUGCAUAUUUGCUGCUUCUUUUCAGCACAAUUAAGGCCAGUUUAAUCAAUGCAACUUCAUCUCA